CAUGAAGUGUCUGCUCUAUAUUCAGAAAAAUGUUCAUUUUAUGUAAUUCAUUGUAUAUGCUGUAUAUGGGAAUAUACAAUAACGUCAUUAACCUCCAACUUGUCAUAGACAAAUAAGAACUGGCCGCUGACGCUUGUGGGUGGAAGUCAUGUGGUCACAGCAGAGGCAGUCUCGUGAGGGCAGACCUGGAUUUGGCACCAGGAAAGUGCACUGGAGGACCCUAAACCCUUCAGCUCCAUCAGCCACAUCGCGCACAUCGGACGCAGAGGAGAUUUUGACGGACAUGCGAAUUUAACUCGGUUUAAAAAAAAACUUUUUCCUUCUUUCUAUUUAGAAGAAUUGGGGUUCAUCAGACACCUGCGAUGGAGACGGAGGAGGGCCAAAUCUCGGUGUGGGUCUGCCGAGAGGAGAAGCUCGUCUUCGGCUUGUCGAAGCGCACAGCCUGCGCCGACGUUGUCAAAGUACUCGUGGACGAGCAGAACGCGCAGCGCGGCCUCCCCGACGCCGCGUGCCCGCGUGCGUACUGCAUAGUGGAGAAAUGGAGAGGUUUCGAGAGGACCUUGCCGAGCAAAACCAAGAUGCUCCGGCUGUGGUGCGCGUGGGGGGAGGAGCGGAGCAACGUGAAGUUUUUGCUGGUGAAAAGUGAGGCGUCUCUGGCCAGCCACGGGGCCCGCGGCGCAGAGGCGCGGGUGGUGCUCAGCAGACACAGGCCCCGUGUUGCCAAGAGCCCCGAGGGGGGCAUCCCGCCCGGGAAACACCGGCGCGUCGUCAGGAAAGCUUUCAGGAAGCUGGAGAGGAUCAAUAAAAAGAGGGCGCAGAGAGACGCGUCCUCCGCGGAAACGAUCGAAACGUUGGUCCAUCUGGUGAUUUCGCAGGAUCACACGAUGCGCCAGCAGCUCCAGAGGAUUACGCAGCUGGACGCGGACAUCGAAGCGUGCGAGGCGAAGGUGCAUUCCGACCGAAUUGAUAAACACGGGGUGAACUACGUGCAGGACACGUACUUGGUGGACGCUGCCCGCCGAGACGGAGACCGCGUGCGUUCAGCUCAAACUGUCGCCAGCCUCGAAGAGUACGUGCGGCGGUGCGAGCAGGUGGUUCGACUGCAGGAGGAGCUGCGGGAGAAAGAAGCCCUGGUGGACGUGUUCACGACGCAGGUCCAGCAGGAGCUGAACCGCCGCUGGAUGCGGCGGAGGAAACAGCUGCAGCGCGAGGACGCCGAGCCCGACGAGGCGCCAGACGCAGCGUCAGAGAAGCAGCUGUUCUGGGAAGAGGACAGGAUCAGAACGCAGCUGGAGGCGAGUUUGUACGUCGGUCUGCGCCUCAACGCGGAUUUAGAUGCUAUUGGGGGCGAUUUAGAGCUGACCCGGGAGAUUUGCGGAGCGAGGGAGAAGGAAAUGAGGGAUUUGCUGGAGAAAGUGAAGACUUUGGAGAUGGAGGAAGGGAGCGCCAACGAGGAGAGAUGUGGCCCCGGGACUGAUGAUAAGAUGGGGAUGACGUGCGCUUUGGAGAGGGAACCCGAGUGGGUGGCGCAGGCCGGGGGUCCGUCUAAAGCUCACUGUGUGGACGACGACGACUCAGACACUGGCUUAAGUUCUCUGCAUAGUCAGGACUCAGACUGCCUCCCUGUGUGGGAGUCACUGGUUUAGGAUUCAUCUGACUCUUUGUCACAUUUACAGCUGCACAGUCUUAAGGAUUGCUCUGAUGUAAACGUGGAAUUCAGGUUAACCUACUCAUGAUAUCCUUUUUUUUAUAUCUUAAUAUCGCAUCCCAACAAUCUUAACAAUCAUCACAACCUCAUUUAUUUUUAUAACUUCCAUUUAUGUUUUUAUUUGGUGGGGUGCUAAAUGUUGAUCUCACCAAGAAAGUUGUUUUGAUAUUAAAAAUAAAAGCCGCAGCUUGACCUCAUUUGUUAUUCAAUAGUAUUUUGUGUGGAUUUUGAAGUCAGGAAUGCAAACAACACAAUGAUGCCAAAACCAGUCAACCUCUGUCGUGUCAAUACAACCUCACACAGACAAACAUUCUAGUCAUCUUUAUCGUGAACAAGAUCUCCGUGUUCACUGUAAGCAGACACUGACUGAAAGAAUCUGAAGCCAUAAUAAUGUCAAGCAGAAAUGACUGUAGUUUACAGUCAAAUGUCUUUGACAUUAGACUAUAAUGUUUCCCCACUGUAUGAUAUUUAUUAGUCUACACAUAUUCAGCUCCCCAUGCAGGACACGCGGCUGCUGGCGCCGCAGGUCCUUCCUUCCUGGAGGAUUCAUGUCCGCAUGGUAGCUUUUGUUAGUCUGCAACGGGCUUUGCGUAAUCAACGGUUAACCGUCAAAAAGUAUGUAGUGAACGAGCUCAACCUUGCAGGCCUGCUGGUAUUUCAGUAUUUUCAUUUUGUCUCUUGAAAAGGGAGGCACCUUGAGACUCGAUGACACAAUACGUUCUCCAAACAUGACUUUAACUAUUGAAAUAUGUGCUGCCACGACCACCUUUUGACAUUACAUCUAGAACGAAAAACGUUUGUAGCACUUAAACUGUAAAAUGUUUUUUUCUUGCUAUUGUCUCGGUUGUAAUUGUGGUGGAGCCAGAGGUCAUCUGUCAUGUUGUGGACAAUAACAGUUGAAGUAAAUUUCUCUUCUUAGGAGUGGCAACAAAAUAUCCUCAGUUUCCCAAAAAGGUUCCUCUUUGUCAAGGUCUGAAACUCAAAGUGGUCCUCGCAGUGAUAGGACUACAAGAACACACACACACACACACACACACACACACACACACACACACACACACACACACACAAGCCAUCUUGAGUGUCUUGAAUUUAGGGCAGCAUCAUUGUCAAACGAGAGGAAGUACUGUAUUACACGCCGGUUGAAUGGCAGCCUUCCUGCCUCUUGACUUACAUCAGCACUCGGCUCUCUUACACAGUGGAACAUAAAUUAGCCUGACUUAAUAGAAAGAAAACCCUACCUCACACAUGAAAAGCACUAUUGUAAUAGUAUUCUAUUCACAGAGGAAGACAUGAGCACAUUCUUUUGUCUUUGUUUAAGAGGUGGCGUGUUUUCCACAUUUGCAGCCUUUGUUUCUCGACACUGAGAGGGUUCACAGGUCAUGUUAUCAAAGGUUAACGUCACUGACGCGUUGUUGGCAACUUAAUCUUUCUUCCGUCGGGGUCAUAAAGGUGAACAUGGGGAGUUCGGACACUUUAAGCAGCCACGGUCCCAAUUUCUGGGGCUCAAUGGACAGAGCAGAGGGUUUUAUGUGGAGGGGUACCUGCAUGGCCACUAAAUCAUUAUGUCGCCACUGUUAACUCCACUUACUGUGUAAACUAUAAGAUGUACUGUACGGGUGUCCUGUGGACUGCAGUGCUGUUGCCUUAAACAACCUUUUUAAUCAAUAGCCGUAUACCAUGUCUAUUAUGCUGCUAACUGUGAUUGAGUUUGCUGUUCCAAGGUCAUGCCUAUUCGGAUUAAGGGUUAUAUGCAUCUUUAUUUCUGAAUUAAAAAAAAAUAUAUAUAUAUUAUAGAUAUCUGUUUAUGAAGUAAAUGAAGGUUAUGUUCAUAUAUUAAUUAGAUUAAAUAUUUCAUUCUC